CUUUGGCUCAAAUGUGCUGUGACUUAAUUUGAGAAUUAUAGAGGUACGUAGAUAUAAAUCUCCAUCUUUUUACUUGCAUCCAACAUUUGCAGUAGAUGUGUAGAUUGGGAGAUGGGUAAAGCUUCUGUCAUCAUCUACAUCACAAUCGCCGUCCUCCUCCUGCUCCUCGUCUCCCAUUCUCCCAAGAAGGGCAACAAGGCACACCGCCACCGUCGCCUCAAGCUCCGCUCCAACUUCACCUUCUCUCCGCCCACCGCCGACGGCGGCGGCCACCAUCGCAUCCCGUUCGACCCGCUCGUUGCCGACAUCGAGCGCAAGCGAGAGGACAAGGAAUGGGAGAAGAUGUACAUAGAGUCUCACCACCCCGAGCUGAAGACUCAUGUGGAACAUGCCCCCGGCGAGGAAGGGCAGCCGGAGUGGGAGGACUUCAUGGACGCCGAGGAUUAUCUCAACGAUGAGGAGAAGUUCAAUGUGACGAAUCGGCUUGUCCUUCUGUUCCCCAAGAUCGAUGUGGAUCCCCGGGAUGGGUUAGUGAGUGAGCACGAGUUGACUGAGUGGAACACGGAGCAAAGCAGGAAGGAGGUGCUGCACAGGUCCGAGAGGGAGAUGGAGGUUCAUGACAAGAAUCACGAUGGUUACGUCUCGUUCUCCGAGUACGAACCCCCCUCUUGGGUGCAGAAAUCAGAAAGCAAUUCAGUCGGGUAUGAAAUGGGCUGGUGGAAAGAAGAGCACUUUAAUGCAUCAGAUACGGAUGGUGAUGGUCUAUUGAAUGUCAUUGAAUUCAAUGACUUUCUACACCCUGCGGACACCACCAACCCAAAGCUACUACUAUGGUUGUGCAAGGAAGAGAUUAGGGAGAGAGAUAGUGACAAAGAUGGAAAAGUUAACUUCAAUGAAUUUUUCCAUGGGCUCUUUGACUUGGUAAGGAGCUAUGAUGAGGAUGGUCACAACACUUCACACCAUUCCGAAGAGUCGGAAAGCACUCCAGCAAAAAAGUUGUUUCAUGAACUUGAUAAAGAUGGCGAUGGAUAUCUGUCUGACGUGGAAUUACUACCUAUAAUUGGAAAGCUUCAUCCAUCAGAGCGUUACUAUGCUAAGCAACAAGCUGAUUACAUCAUACAACAGGCUGACUCUGACAAAGAUGGGCGUCUGACUUUGUCUGAGAUGAUUGACAACCCAUAUGUAUUCUAUAGUGCAAUUUUCAAUGAAGAUGAAGAUGAUGACUAUGAAGAGUACCAUGAUGAAUUCCGUUAGGUCACAUCUAUAUGAUUGUAAGUCUCCAUUACUCGGCCACGCUUAUGAUAUUUAUUGAAGUAGAAAAGUGUGGUUAAGCGUCCCCGGAGUGCUGCACCCUCAGCAAGAUAUAUCUGCCUGCUACGGGUAAUUUUGGUAGUAAUUAAUUAUUAUGGAGUAUGUGCCACUGAAGUCAUCCCUCUGCUGUUUGUUCAUUUCCCAUGUUUUGGUUGUUUAGAGGAAGAUUAAAAUCUUUGAUGGGGUAGAUGAGUGAUUUGAAAUUUGCAGGUCAUUGUUGGGGCCUAUGUAAUUUCAUAGGAAUUCAAUUUGUAAAUUCAUUAAUAAAUUUUCCAUUUCCUCUUGUCUGUUUGAGUUGAUAUUUAGCAGAGCAUUUGACAGAUUGUUCAAGAAAAUUUUUUCUGUUGC